AUGUCUAAUGAUGAGGAAAAGUAUGUGAUUGGUGGAUAUUCGUUCAAUACGGUCAAAAUUAUGGGGAGGAUUGUGAGUGUGUUUACAGAUUCAAAUCAAUGUACUACCUACGAAAUUUGUGAUGGAAUGGCUGAUGAUCCACGCGUAGCUAAACGAUUUACUGUUAUUCGUUAUGGAGGGACUGAUUUGCAACCAAAUAUGGAGCAAGUCUUUUCUGAGGGUCAAACAGUUCAGGCUGUUGGAAAACUUCGACUGUUUAAUAACCGCUUGAGUCUUGUCAGUUUUCACAUUCGGGAUGUUUCAAUGGAAGAAGUUGAAAUUUAUAAAAUGGAGUGUAAACUUGCUAAAUAUUACUUUUCUAAGAAUUUGCCUGAAAAUACCCACGGAUUAGAAAAUACAAUUUUCCGCAAUGCACAAACAUUGCCCCGUCCAGGAAUGUCUUCUCAAGCAACAACAACUCCAAGUCGUUCAACUACAAAUAUGUCAACUUCAAUCACUCCAAACCGUCAACAACCAUCAAAACAAUCUAAUCAAUAUGCCAAUUUAUCACAACAACAAGCCAAGAUAAUGGAUUUUAUCAAACGUUUUGGAGAUGCAAAUAAAGAUGGAUCGGGCGUUCAUGUAGAACAAAUCCGUUCAUCAAUUAAACCUGGACAAGAUUUUAUGAGUGAUAUUCAAUUUUUGUUGGAUGAAGGAAAAAUUUAUACAACUUUGGAUGAUGACCAUUUUUCGAUUAUUGAUGAGUGUUAG